AUGCCGUCCCAGGGCCCAGCCCGGCCCCUUCUAGCCUCACCUCUAACUGCACUAGACCCUUCCAGAAUUCCCUCCCUCCUCCUGGCUUCCAGUCACUCAGCAUCUGGGGGAGAGAGCCUCUUUCAGUUGUAUAUAGCUGACUUGGCCUGACUCCAGCACUGCCUUGUUCUGGAAACUUGCAAGAGAGAAAGGGAGGCUCUAGAGAGAGGUCAGAUUCACAACAGCCAGGCCAACCAGCUGGGAGGGCUCACAGGCAGCUGGGGCUCUGGCUUCAGGGGCAAACGGGAGCCAUCAUCUGCCCUUACCCUGACUAUAAAUGGCUAG